UGAUGUCAACGGCACUCAGAAUGUUUAUCGUCUGGACAACCCAAACAGCCUCUUGGGAACAGGUGCAUAAUCUCCAUACCCUAUGGUAGUCACAACAUGGAGAACUUCUCACUCCUCAGCAUUUCUGGACCUCGAAUCUCUUCCUCUGCCCUGGCCGCAUUUCCUGACAUUAUGUCGUCACAUGCCACCAGCUUGCCAGACAUCGCAAAGACCGCGUUACUCACGGAGGCGCCCAGCCCAGCUCAGGCCCUGUCACCCCAGUACUUUGGCAGCGCUCUCCGGCAUGGGGUGCAGAACACGGUUCUCUCUCCAGACUGCCUUUUGGGGGACCCCCAGACCAGGGAGCCCCGGCGGGGCUGCACUGUCUACCGGCCCUGGUUCUCCCCUUACAGCUACUUCGUCUGCACGGACCAAGAGAGCCACCUGGAGGCCUACAGCUUCCCAGAGGUGCAGCGGGACAAGGGCAGGGGGGACGGCUGCCUGCCCGAGGACCCGGCUGAGAGCAUCUGCUCGUCCUCUUCCUCCCAGGAAGACGCCUGGCCCCGGGAGGCCGCCAAGAAAUCCGGGCACGGCCUGGCCUCCACGGACGGCAUCACGUCCCAGGACAUCCUGAAGGCCGCCAGGUGGCACCCCGCCCAGCAGAGCGGCUACAAGUGUGCGGCCUGCUGCCGCAUGUACCCCACGCUGCACUCCCUCAAGAGCCACAUCAAGGGGGGCUUCCGGGAGGGCUUCAGCUGCAAGGUGUACUACCGCAAGCUCAAGACCCUCUGGGGCAAGGAGAAGGCGCGGCCGGGGGACAGGCUCUCCUCCGGCAGCUGCCAGGCCUUCAAGUAGGCCCGCGGGAUGGUGAGCGGACGCCUCGGUGAAGAGGCGACGGAGCCUGUUUCCACCUCCGGAGAGAUGUCAAUAAACCGACACUGGCCACGGCCUUCUGUC